CACAUAUAUCAUUAUAAUAUGUGGUAAAAUUAAUGAAAAUAGAUGACACCUAGUUCUUAUCCGCAUGAGGUCUUUAGUGAUGAAGACAACGCUCCAGCACCAAGCAACGAUGAAGAACAACCAGAGAAUAUAUCUCAGCCUUGGCAAAUGGCAGAAGAGUGCCCUGAAAACACUAUUCCAAUCAAAAGAAUAACACAAGAAGAUCUUCUAAGAGUAGAUAAUAUCAAAAAUUACGGGAGAAAAUCGAAUAUCUCUCAGCCUCAUCAGCUCUAUAACCCGACUGAUAUCAUCUCAGAUAAUAAUGACCACGAGUAUGCUAUCGCAUAUGUUAAUGGUGGUCCUUACCGCGGAACAAAAGCACAGAUAAACGUAUGGAAACCGCGGAUAGAAGCAGGGGAAUCCAGUAUAUCACAGAUAUGGAUUUUUGGAGGAAAGUUUGGUCCUGGUUUAAAUACUAUAGAAGCUGGUUCGCAUGUCAAUCCGGAUCUAUAUGGUGACGCCAAUCCUCACUUUUUUAUUUACUGGACAAGUGAUGGCUAUCACAAAACAGGAUGUUAUAAUCUCAUGUGCUCAGGAUUUGUUCAAAUUAACAGAAGAGUCUCCCCUGGUGGUGUGUUUAACCAUAUAUCCACCUAUAAUGGUCCACAAUUUAUAUUCACCUUACAAAUAUGGAAGGAUCCAAAGACAGGAAACUGGUGGCUACAAUUGAAUGAGAAAGACUUGGUAGGGUAUUGGCCAAAAGAGCUAUUCCCAAACCUUGCUCAUGGGACAAGCAAGAUGGAAUGGGGAGGUGAAGUAGUGAGCAAGAAGAACAAAAUACAUCACACAACGACCGCAAUGGGAAGUGGACAUUUUCCAAGUGAAGGAUUUAGGAAAGCAAGUAACUUUAAAGCCGUCAAAACCAUUGAUAUGAAUGAUGGUAUAAUUGAUCCGGUUGGAGUUCAAACAUUAGUGAGUCGUCCUACUUGUUACAAUCUCCAUACUGGUUAUGGUAAUAAAUGGGAGGUUUUUUUCUACUAUGGUGGACCUGGUCGUAACCCGAGAUGUCCUUAGAGAUUUCGUCUACAUUAUAUAUACAAAUCUAGAAUAAAAAU